CUCAUAAUCGUUUUCUUUCCUUUAUCUUUCAUUAAAAUGUCAAGUCCAUUAAUGGACCUUCAUAGCUCGGUUGCAAGUGAAGACAAUUUCAAUGCAUGUGAUUCACCAUCAGGUUCUUCUACUUCUGAACCACAUGAUGAUGUUAUGAAAUCUUCUUUUAUCGAUCAAUCUUUAUUUUAUAAAUUAGAUCAACUUUCUCCAGAUAAUCCUUUAUAUUUUAUGCAACAGCAGAAUACUUCAAAUAUGUCAAGUCUUGUGGACCCUCUUUUACCUAAUUCAACUGAAAUGACUUCCACAACAACAACUACAACAACUAUAACAGCUCCUACAUUUUGGUCAGGAAUUAAUACUGCUAUUCCAAAUCUUGCAAAAAAUUUUACAGACUAUUUAACUGGAUAUUCUAUGCAACAACAGUUUAACUUGCAGUAAAAUAAGACAAAAAAAAAAGCAUUUAUUAUUUUGUUUAUAAACUUUAAUAAAUCUCUUUUUCUUAGGCCAAUUCAGCAGCAGCAGCAACAACAACA